AUGUACAACAUCGGGCCGAGACUUACAAUUGAGUUAUCUCCUUUUCAAACUCGUCAUACUGUCGCACCAGGACCUGCUCGUUCUGCAGCCAGUAUGUCUCGCCUUUGCGGUACAACACGGCCAUGGUGUCUUUGA